CCCCUGUCAGCUGAUGUUGGUAAAUAAUAAAUGCCUUCGCUUCGCUUCUCAGGAAGUGCGCGAAUGCCUCACCGCUCUGGAAAAUGAGGAGGCGACGGUUUCUCACGGAACACAAUCGCAUCAGAUAACUGGACGUGUUAUGAAUGUGAAAAUGGAGGGUCGAGGAACGGGUCGACCAUGGGGAAAACUGGUGAAAGUGGGCUCCUGUGAAUCUGAAGUUCUGCUAAUCAAAAAGCAGUACACGAUUGGCCGGAGAAAAGGAUGUGAUUUAUCCUUCCCUGCCAACAAGCUGGUCUCAGGGGAACACUGCAAAAUUGUACAAUAUGAGAACUCGGGGAUGGUGUGGCUGGAAGACAUGAGCACCAAUGGCACUGUGAUCAACAUGUCUAAACUGGUCAAGAAGCAGUUUCACAUGGUGCAGAAUGGAGAUGUCAUCCACUUUGUGUACCGGAAGAACGAGCCAGAGCAAAACAUUGCUUACGUCUACCAUUCCAUAAAGCCGGAGCUGGGUGUUUCGCAGGAUGCGUGUGGUGCUGUAUCCCGAGGUGGCGUCGUGGCACCGGGGGGCUUACACGCCCGCGCUGCCUCCCCCUCAGACCUCUGUCUCUCCGUGGAGCCCGUGUUGCUGAGCAGUGCCCCGCGGGAUCUGUCCCGGGAGGACCCGCAGCCCUCCACCUCCGCCGCCCUCCUGCACAUCGAGGGCUCCGCCGGCCCCGCUGCACCGGCCAGGGUCACCCCACCCCACGGGGCCUCCCCUGCCCACGGGCUAUCGACUGUCACAGUCCCCUCGCAGGACAACACAGACGCCAUGGAGCCAGAGAGGAAAAGGAGGAAGACCACUAACGAAACGGCCCUCCCCCACACUUCAAGCUCCGCCCCCAGCGGCCCUGGCCCCGCCCCCAGUGGCCCUGCCCUGGGCCUCCUGCGGGACCUCCUUGGCAGGAAGGCCCCGGCCCCGGCAGUGGAGGCCAAGACGGACAAGAUGGAGGACUCCCUGACCUGCAUCAUCUGCCAGGACCUUCUGCACGACUGUGUCAGCCUGCAGCCCUGCAUGCACACGUUCUGCUCCGCCUGCUACUCCGGCUGGAUGGAGCGCUCCUCCCUUUGUCCCACCUGCCGCUGCCCCGUGGAGAGGAUCCGCAAGAACCACAUCCUCAACAACCUGGUGGAGGCCUACCUCAUCCAGCACCCAGAGAAGUGCCGUAGCGAGGAGGACCUGAAGGGAAUGGACAGCCGUAACAAGAUAACUCAGGACAUGCUGCAGCCCAAGGUGGAUCGGUCUCUCUCCGACGAAGAGGGCAGCUCGGAUUAUCUGUUUGAGUUCUCAGACAACGACAGCGAUUGGUCGGACAACAGCCAGCCGUUUGUGGUGUGCAGACAGUGUCCGGGGUACAGGAAGGAGGGGGCUCAGGACCCGUUCACCACGGGCUCCAGCGUCUCGGCGUACCCCCGGUCAGCCACUCUCCUCGGCCCCGACCCGCUGCCACCGCUGGGGGCGGCGGCGGCGGCGGCGGCGGCGGCGGCGGCAGCAGCUGGAGCAGCCGGGCCGGAGCCCAAGGAGGAGGGAGGGAAGCCAGCCGCAGAGCAGCCCUCCACCUCUGCAGACGGCCCCGCCGACCCAGUCCAGGAGUACCGCUGCUCCCCACAAGGCUCCCAUGUCAUCUGCUCCUGCUGCCUGCAGGCCAUGCCCGACCGACGCUCCGAGCCAGGGAGCCAGCAGCACGCUGUCCAGCAAUGUGGAGUCUGCCAGAGGCCUUUCUGUCACAUGUACUGGGGCUGUGAGAGGAUUGGCUGCCAGGGCUGCCUGGUCCGCUUCAGUGGGGUCAAUCUCACAAACAAGUGCCUGGAUGGAGUGCUCAACAGCAAUAACUACGAGUCCGAAAUCCUCCAGAACUACCUGAGCUCCAGAGGCAUGUCCUGGAGGGAUGUGCUCCAGCAGGGACUGCAGGCCUUGGAGCAGGGAGCCUUCCAUCUGUCUGACUACCGCAUUUCUGGCAGCACAGUGCUGUGCUACUGCUGCGGCCAGCGCACCUUCAAGGAACUGGCCUACAGGUUCAGGCAGAGCAUCCCAGCAUCUGAGCUGCCAGCUGCUGUUACAGCUCGUCCUGACUGCUACUGGGGUCGUAACUGCCGCACCCAGGUCAAGGCACAUCAUGCAGUGAAAUUCAAUCACAUAUGUGAGCAGACUCGCUUCAAGAGCUGAAGGAGCAGAGGGAUGGUUUCACUGACUCACAACGGGGACUGGACCUCUCUACAUUAGAAUGAGAUAAACCACACACCUUUGCUGAAGUCGUGGAGCGCUCGCUGUCAGGAUUCGUGGUUGUUAUGUUUUUGUUUUUGUUAGAUGUGUAGGUUAGGGGGCAGGUUUAAUGCUUCCCCAGGGAAUGGCCCGUCGCAAAAGAUUACAAUCAAAGCAGGAGUAAGCAUCAAUGUUACAUGUGGAUUUUUAAUGCGACACAUGGUUGUCUAGAACACAGCUAUGCACAGUGCUUAACGGUUAAAUCUGCUACUGAGACCUGGCCAAGUGACCAACAGCUGCUGUUAUUAAAAAAAACAACACAACCAGAGUUGAAACCCCGCAGCAAAACUUGUGGUGAAUUGUAGCAGCAGCCACUGAUUGGUUGGUUUUAGCAGCUGACGUCAUCAGUGGAGGACACAGUCGCUAUCUGGCUUUAUCCUAGCCAUGUUCAUAAAAGCAAAACAAACUGCAAUAUUCUAUCUCAAUUCUGAGCGAGCAAAGCAAUCUACAAUGGAUUAAGGCCAUAGACUGUAUCUGUGUGUUGAAGUAUGCUAAUGAUACGCAUAAUAUGUAUAUAAUUCCUCAUUUUAUAUAGAUAUAUAGUUUCCCAUCUAUCUGUGCCUGAAUAGCUAUAACUUAAAAGGCAAUAUCCCGGAGUUGACUUUCUUUAUUUUGAUAACUGCAGUUUCCAGGGCUUUCUGUGAACAUUCAGACGUGCUCAUAUGUUGGGUCGAUAUUCGCUUGACAUGCACACCUUCUCUAUGCACUUCCGGAAGGCUGGAAGUCCAUUUAAACUGCUGGCUCUCUACAGCAUGUAUGGCCAUGUGUCUAAAAUGUUGUGGUGGUUUGUAAGGGAUUACCCCCCCCCCCCCCCCCCCACCUCACCAAGGUUUUACAAGGAACGGGACUUUCCCAAGGCAGAGGUGAGACUCCCCCCCCACCCACCCACCCACCCCAAUCCCUCUAAUGCAUAAUAGGGUAGAUGGGAAUCCCAUGUGAUUAUUGUGUAGGAUUUCAUGUCUGUGGGAGGUUUAUCAGGGAAGGAUUGUUGUAGUGCUUUGCUUUCUGAGGGAACUGACCCUGGCCUCCGUGAGAUGCUUUGCUGGGGAUAAUCAACCUCAAGCUGAUUAAGGCCAGUGUAUUAAAGACGGUUCUCUAAGACCCUUGUAGUAAGGGAUGAGGGCAACCUGGUGUUCAAUGCACAAUGGUUGGAUGGCGAAUGUACGCGUAUCUUGCUUUCGAAGCACUGAACUUUAGAUUUUUUGUCUUAAUUGGUUUAAUAAUAAUAAUAAUAAUACAUUUAUUUUAGAGGCGCCUUUCAAGACACCCAAGGUCACCUUACAGAGCAUAUAGUCAUCAUUCAAAACUAUGUAAAACAGACUAGGCAUAAAAGGAAAACAGAGGUUAAACUUGAAUAAUAAUAAUUAAUAACACUCAAAGACGCCUAAAGUGAAGGGGGGACCUCACUAACCACCACCAAUAUGUAGCACCCACUUGGGUGAUGCACGGCAGCCAAUCGGCGCCAGAACGCGGUUGGUAUACUGUUGCCAUUUCGCUCCUAUAAGUUUGUGUUUAGCCACGUUUUGAGAGUUGUUUUUUUUAGGGAAACUGGAAUUGAUAAUGUGCCAAUAUACCCGUUUAAGGUAAAUGUUUUCCUACGGCUUGUUGACCCUUGAGUAUUACCUUGCUAAAUUAGGGCUCAAUCUUUUGUAAUAUUGUGGUUUUAUUUUCUGUGAUUAGGCAAUGAGAAAAUCUAGAGUCUAUACUGAGAGUGAACAACGUUCUCCAUGUUGAAGAGCAAUUAAACUUUAAAUUAAAAUGGCAAUUAAAUGCUAUCCAAUCAGUGGUCCUGGAGUGGGGUUUUCCCCACUCAAAUAUAAUGUAAGCGCAACGUUUACUUGAACUACUGCUUGGUAAAUCACCUUGUUUUAUUUUUUUGGGUUGGGAUCUCCAAGGGCCAGCCGUUGUUCUGAAAGGCUUUCAUAUUGAAAUACGGUUUUGAUUGAGUUAAGAUAAAGUUUGGUUAAUUUAGAGAAAUUGUGUGUAGACCAUACGGAGGGAAGUUUUUGUGUAAAUCAUUGCUUUUGUUUUUUACUGUCUUGUGAAUUAGAGGGUAGCAAAUUUUUGAAUGUGUACAAUGUUAAUCUGCAAUUUUCUGUCUGUAGAUGCUUGGUUAAGAGGUCUUGCUUGCAAACUUUGUGUUUACCUGCGAUUUUUCUUUUUAUUUAUUUUUGCACUCACUUUUUUUCUUUUUUAUUGUUUCUCUUCGAUUCACUAUCAUUAUAAAACCUGGUACAUACCUACUCUUUGAAGCAUUUAGAAUUAAUGCAUCAGUCUUAGUACUGCCCAACAUCCAGAUUUAGGAUUGGUUGAAUUUCUUUACUAGAGUUUAGUUUUUGUCCAACGCUUACACAUUUUUCCUGCUUCCUUAUUACCUUGAUCAAUAAUGUGGGAUUGGACAGCCGGGGUAUGGAAGAAAGCUCUAAAUAAAAAGGCUUCCACAACAUUAGACACUCCACCUCCUUGCUGCAACUGCCGGGUGCGAGAGUCACCCUUUUGUAGAUCAUUCCCAACAUAACAGAAUACACAGUACCCCCCCCCCCCCCCCCCCCAGCUUCAGUCGGAGUGUUGAGUUCUGGUAGGUUGACGUGUAUUGAGUCAUGUAUCAUGAAUACUUAUUCCCCGCCCCCCCGGUUAGUGGUGGUCCUUUUCUCACUGGCAUUCCUGAGCAGCUCAGGCCGUCGACACACACAGGCCCUGUCGAAUCCCCCCCCCCCGACCCCUCCGGAGACCCAGAGGGGUUCUGUUUAAUGACCCUCUCACCGGAGGAGAUCUGGGCCCACUAAUAAGCAGUCCCAAGCCACCUCCGACAGGAAUGGAGCUUUAAAGAGGCUUUGCAACUCACCACUGCUCCCCCUCCCUGGGUACUCGUUCUCCAGGCCAGUGGAACACACUUUGAAGCAGGUUGCAUUCUACCUCAUUGCAAGGAUGUGUGGCACAGGGUGCAUGCACGGCAGUAUUUAGUGUCGCCCACACACAAAACAUGACACAAUUCUUUUUCUUUUUUUUUCUAAAUAUAUAUAUACAAGCAUUUGUGUUUUAAUAGAUGUAGCGAGGGGAUGUUCAUUUGGUGUUCUCCAAUUUCAUUUGAUUACUGUUCUCCCCCUCCCCCCUUAAAGGCUUAGGAGUUGAAGGCAAAUCGCAAUUGGCUUACUGUAUUUGGCACUGGUGUUAUGACUAGUUAGUAUACAGUGUAUUGGCCACCCAGGAAUCUCGAUGCAAAGGAUCUAACAUGCCUCUUGGUCUGCACUAAUAAAAACAUUUAAAAAUA